AAUUUAUGAGUUAUCGGUCAUUAUCAUUCAUUUAUAAACGUAUUUGUAUAUUCUAGGGGUCGAGGUUUAUCGAUCUCGAUAAGAAUGUUUAUGUCACCCUCAAGAUAAGAAUACCUAACAACAUUUCGUUUAAUUUUUAUUUAUUAGAAUUGGAUUCAUUAUAGAAGAUGGACAAGUACUUUGAAGGCAAAAGGUUUCUCGUAACUGGAGGAUGUCAAGGUAUGGGAAAAGGAACCGUUCUAGAGUUGUGGCGACUCGGUGCAGAUGUGGUAGCUCUUUCACACCAAGCUGAAAACUUGGCGAAGUUAAAGAGCGAAUACCCCUCAAUAGAAACGGCAUGUGUCGACCUCUCGGAUUGGCACGCCACCCGGGAAGUGGUAGACUCCCUGGGACUGUUCCACGGCUUAGUGAAUUGUGCCGGGGUAGUGUUUCCGGAAUCUCUAUUAGAAUGUACACUAGAGGCAAUUGAUCAAACUAUGAAUGUUAAUGUAAAAGGCAUAAUCAAUGUCACUCAAAUAUUAGCCAAUAAAAUGAUAAAAAAUAAUAUAAAAGGAUCUAUAGUAAACAUAUCAUCUCAAACAUCGAAGGCAGCAAUUAAAGAUCAUGUAGCGUAUGCCGCUUCUAAAGGAGCCGUAGACUCCAUGACCCAAGUCAUGGCGCUGGAAUUAGGCCCGCAUGGAAUAAGGGUCAACGCAGUAAACCCAACGGUCGUUAUGACAGAACUCGGCCGACGAGUGUGGUCAGAACCCAGCAAAUCACAAUAUAUGCUUUCUAAAAUACCUUUAGGACGAUUUGCUGAGGUCCAAGAAGUCGUAAAUGCGAUUGUAUUUCUUCUGAGCAAUAAAGCAAGUAUGAUCAACGCCGUCCACCUCCCAGUGGACGGAGGAUUUCUCGCUACAUAAUAAACAAAUCAUACGACAAA